AUGGAGAUUCCGUUAAAUCCUGUGACCAUGGAUGAGGCUGAUAAGCUGGUAUCAUCCGAGCCUCAAGAAAGUCAUGACAGAUAUUUACCUAUUCGAAAAUUGAUCCCUCUCGUGCUGGGCCUAUCUCUGAAUGUCUUUGCGACGUCACUGGACAAUACCAUCAUCACAACAGCUAUCCCAACGAUCGCAGACCAAUUUCAUUCCUUGGACGAUGUUGGCUGGUAUGGAAGUGUGUACUUUCUCACAACAUGCGCAGUAACCCUUAUUUUCGGCCGACUAUAUACCUUCUUCAAUGUGAAAUGGGUGUAUCUGUGUGCUUUGCUUGUCUUCGAGAUCGGGUCUUUUCUCUGUGGUAUAGCCCCUACAUCUACCGCCUUGAUCACUGGGAGAGCUAUUGCUGGCCUGGGUAGUGGAGGUCUCCUCACUGGUUCUCUGCUCAUCGCAGUAAAUACGGUCCCGCCGGAGACGCGGCCAUUACUUCUUGGAAUUGUCUCAUCCGUGUAUGGGGUCGCGAGCGUGGUUGGGCCAUUGCUGGGAGGUGUUUUUACAGAUCAUGUAACCUGGCGCUGGUGUUUUUACAUCAAUCUGCCCUUGGCCAUUCUGCCUACACUCAUCAUUCUAUUUAUGUUCAAGCCUCCCUCACCCAAACAGGGAAUACCAUUGAGCCAGAAGCUGUUGGAUUUGGAUCCAAUUGGAAAUAUCUUGUUUGUCGCUGCGGUCAUCUGCCUUCUUCUAGCAGUGCAAUGGGGUGGCGUCAAGUAUGCGUGGAAAAGCGCUUGGAUUAUUGCUCUCUUCGUGACGAGUGGUGUUCUUGGUAUAUCCUUUAUUGGACUCCAGUGGUGGCGCGGCGAUAGGGCAACGCUACCAGGUCGGAUUGUAAAAAAACGCGGAGUUUGGGGGUCCGCCUGGUUUAUGUUUUUCAUGGGAGGUUCCUACUACAGCCUUCAAUACUAUCUGCCGAUUUGGUUUCAGACAGUGAAAGAUCGAACGGCCGUCAUGUCUGGAGUCAUGACCCUGUCGAUGAUCCUGACAGUGACGGCCGCUUCAAUACUCUCUGGCGCUUUGGUUAUGAAGGUGGGCUAUUUUAACCCAUUUAUGAUUGUCGGCUGCAUUUUGGGCAUCACAGGCGCUGGACUGCUUACGACACUACACCCUGAUUCCGGGCACAGCAAAUGGAUUGGCUAUCAGGCCUUGCUGGGAAUCGGUGUUGGGCUCUGUAUCCAGUUGCCUUUUACAAUCGUGCAGACGGUCAACAAGGCAGAGGACAUACCCGUUGCAACAGCCUUUAUGACCUUCAUUCAGACGCUGGGUGCCACACUUGCUCUGGCAAUCUGCCAGAAUGUGCUACAGGUAUUUCUGCGUGCUAAUAUCAGCAAGCGGGUCCCCUCAGCCGAUGCGAGUAAGAUUCUUGCGGCUGGCCUCACAAACUUCCGAAAUUUUGUGGCCGCUCAGGACCUUCCAAACAUGGUCAGCGCUUACAACGAUGCAAUUAUGGAUAUAUUUUACGUUGCAGUUGCGUUCUCGGUGCUUGCGAUUGUCGGCGUACUUGUGCUGGAAUGGCGCUCGGUUCGGCAAAAGCAGUCUGACCACGUAAUUGGCGACUGA